AAAAAAAGUGCCAUUACUCAUUUUCCCUCGAGCAAUUAGUCCCAAAUUGAUUUCUCCAUUAAUUAAUUAUAAAUUUCAUGAUUACGACUACUAUAGUAGCAUUUUGUUUGCGAUCCCUAUGCAUUUGCGAUAUGCAUGUCGAAUCUUCUCCGAUCCGUCGCAUAUAUGGCGAGUACAGGAAGACUAGUCUCCCUGGGCAAGCAACUGAACUAGGGGAAAUUCUAGGGAAUCCCGCUAUUCAUUGCUGCAGCCGGUGGCUGGCAGUAUGGUCGCGGUCGGCUUUCGCUUUUGUUGCCGGCGGGUUUGUUUACACGUUGAUGGCCUUAUAGGAGCCCAAAGAGAGAUGUUCUCGGCCGGAUGCCUUUGUUCCGUAUUCUACCGUACAAGUGCAAGCAGUGAUAACCGACACGAGAAAAAGUUACCUUAAUACUAUAUUAGAGUUUAAAAUUCGAUUUACUUCAAGUACAACAACGAUAGUAUUUGUGUUAAAAGAUUCUGUACAUUAAAAAUGGACAGCACUAGCCCAAACGCCGAUUUCUCAAAUCGACCUUCCUCACUUGACGUUUUGAUUAUUUGGGAAACGCACGAAUUUCACUUUCAUGUUUUUGUGACAAACGAUUGCACUGAUAUUCGUGGGAUCAUGACAGAUGAUGAUUCUAUUGAUGCAAUACAGAAUUUAACGUCAGAAAUGAAGUUAUAUUACAACAUUGAGGAGUCUGAGGCGUUUUCCGUUGUCGAAGGAGAAUAUUAUGCAGUAUUUGAUGACGAAUGGCAUCGAGUUCAAUGUACAAGUUAUGAUUCAAAGAAACAAUUAGCAACAGUUCUUUUCAUAGAUAGAGGUGAUGAAGACGAUUUUACUCUUGACAACCUACAUCUUCUUCCAUCAAAGUUUCGUGAUUUACCUGCGCAACAUUUCAAACUGUCAUUGAACGACUUGGAAAUAUUUAGAUAUUGUGAAGAGAUACAAGAUAUUUUAGAUGAUUUAUUGCAUGACAAAGAUGUUUAUGUUAGAGUAGUUAAGUUUCAACAAGAUAAAAGUGUUACAAGUUUAUUAGCAGAAAUGAUACUUGAUAAAGACACGGAAAAAGAAGUUAAUAUAAAUGAAUUUCUUCUUGAAAAAGUAUUUGAGUUAGUUGUUGAUCCAAAAAUAUUCAUAGGGAUUGAUAAAGUUGCACAGCAAGCUCACAUCUCGUUCGUAAGUCAGGAACAGAUAUACAUGCAGAUUGAAUUAAAAGGAUUAGUAUAUCUUCAUGCUCUUAUGAAUGAUUUGACAAAUAAUUAUUUGAAUAACAGCGAUUACAAACAUAAGCUUGUCUCUAAGUUUGAUCUUACAAAAUUGUAUGUAACAAAGAGCCCCAGAGAUAACAAUUGGUAUAGGGUCAAAGUAAUUGAAAUAAAAAAUGAAUUUGAAGCCUUAGUGAAGUUUGUUGAUAUAGGUGACACAUUGCUUGUCAGAAGAAGAAACUUGAUUUUAUUAGAAAACCUAUCAAAAUUGUUAGCUUUGUACCCUGAACAGGCUGUAGAAGUCAAAUUGCAUAAGAUCUCUCCAUUUUUAUUUGAUGAAAAAUUGGCAAACAAACUGCGUAAAUUAGCAUUACCUGCGGAUAUACUUUAUACCAAAGUUGUUGGAGAGCUCAAUGGUAUUCCUAUCGUACAAUUUUGUAAAAGAACAGAGAACAAUUAUCUUAUUUCUAUCAAUGAUGCUUUGGUUAUUGAGCCACCUACUAUGUAUCUAGAAGACAAAACUGUAUCUGUCGUGGAUACUUUUAAUUCACGAUUUAGUUUCCCUUUAAAAACUCCAUACAUACCAGCGAUUGAUUCUUCUUUUGACGUAUUUGUAACAAUGGUAGCACAUCCAGAAGAUUUCACCGUACAACCGCUAUGCAGCCGCUACAAAUUCAAACAAAUGAUGGCGGAUUUAUUAGAUGUUUGUGAAUCAUUUAGUGGGCCACAUCUUACACCGAAUUGUGUAAAAGUUGGUUAUUUAUAUGCUGCUUUAGAAGAAGAAGAUGAUUCAUGGUAUAGAGCUUAUGUAUAUAAGAUUAUAAGUAAAACACAAUUUGGAGUUUAUGCAUGUGAUUAUGGUGACUAUAGAAUAGUGACAUUGAAAAACAUGCAACCCUUACAAGAAGGAUUUUGUGAUUUACCUUAUCAAGCAAUCAAAGCUAAAUUAGUUGGUAUUUCAUCUGACGUCAAAAAUAAUUGGACUGAUAACGAUACAUUGAGAUUUAUGGCUCUUAUUCAAUCCAAAAAUCUUGUAGCCAUCGUGAAGAACCUAGAAAUCAACACUGCAGUUGUUAAAGGUAUUGUGCUUAGCGUAGAUUUAGUUGAUACAAGUGAAGAUGAAGAUAUUGACAUGGCCGAUUUUUUUAAUAAGAAAAAAGAAAUUUAAAAGUUUAAUUUCUUACAUUAUUUUUUGUUAAUUUUUUAUCUUCUGACAACAAAUGAAAUCAUCAUUGGCAUUCAUGUCUUUUUUGUGAACUGUUUCAAGUGUGUGUGUUUUUUAUGCAGGACAUGCGUUUUUUACUUAAAAUUAAUAAUACUCCUAUUUUGUGAUUGCUUAUUUUAUAAUGCGAUUUUUCUGUAAUACAUAAUAUGCAAGUGUAAAAUUGUGCGUUAUGGGGAAGAAAAUUACCGGAAACGUGUAUAGUCAAAUUUAUUUACCGUUUACCAUUUGACGAUAAAACAGUGCACUCAUGUUCGUUGCCCAAAAUGUUGCGUAAUCAAAUGCGUUCUUUGUGUUCAGCUUUAUAAAUUAUAUUGACAUAAUAAUAGAUAAAUACUCCAAGUAUUUACCCAUUUUAAAGUUAAAUUAGAUUUUUAUUUAGCUCAUGAGAAUUAUAAUGUCAAUUACGAAUGUUGAUCGUUGAGCCAAAAUUGUAACCUAACCUCAACAGACAAUAAAAGUGUGUCACACCAUAAAAA